GAAGAAGUGGCCUUUAACGUUUGGAGUCUUGGGAUGCUGGAGUCUAGGUUUUAAACUAGGGGAGGUAUAGUGGGCUUGACUCUCUGUUUUCAAGACACUCAGGAUCUGUCUUUGUCUGGGUGGAAAGAUCAUGCCCCCAAAACACGCCCCACCUGCUGCAAAAGGCGCGGCUGCUGCAAAAGGCCCGCCUGCUGCAGGAGGCCCGCCGGCUGCAGGAGGCCCGCUGGCUGCAGGCGCCCCUGAGAAGCCGCCAGAGGAAACACAGACACCUGAAGAACUGGCAUUUUAUGCCCCGAAUUACUUAUGUUUGACCAUCCUGGCCGUAAUUUUGUUCCCUCCCCUGGGAUUAAUAGCUAUAUUCUUCAGUUACAAGACUUUGCAGGCCAACAAGAACAGCGAAUGGGACGAUGCUUACCUCAACUCAGGCCGAACUGGCUGGCUGGAUGUAUUUGCCAUACUCAUUGGUUUAGGCAUCAUUUAUGCCUAUACCCUAUUUAUGUGAAGGCCAGGCCAAGUAGUCCAUGAGUCCACCUCAAAUAGGACUUACCCACCAAGGCCCUAACCAACCAAAUCAGCCACCAUGCAAGAAACCAACAGCCAAGACAUCUUCUAGCCAGAAAACCUAUUGGCCAAGGAACUCAACAUCCAAGCAACCCACUAGCCCAGGGACAUCAUACUACUUCAUCCUUUUCGCUGCUGGAGCCAUCGUCAUCCACCUUGAGGGUCCUCACUUUCAUGCCCUAGAUGUGCUUAGCUCCAUGAUACUUGGAUGCUCUUUCAGAAAAAAAAAAAAAAUUAUUUAAACCAAUAAAAAAUGAAGGGAAUGUUCCAGCUUC